CGCCUUCGGGGUGCCACGGCAGAGGGGCGCCGAGCCCGGGAGGGGCAGCGGCUGCCGCGCUCCGGCCUGGCCGGCGGCGGCGAUGCGGGUGCCGGCGGCGGCGAUGCGGGUCUCGAAUCAUAUCUGAAACAGAUUGUUGUUCUGCUGUGUGCAGGGGCUGCUGGAGGAGACUGGAUGUGACUGGACAUUGAAAUGGAAAAUCCUGAAGUGGCUGUGAGCAGCUGCAGUGCUCAUGAGGAUGAAAACCUUUGCAGCUACAAACGACACUCAUCAGUAUCACAGGAGGGGCUUUUGGAAGACCAGCUUAGAAGGAAGUUAAAAUUUUUCUUCAUGAACCCAUGUGAGAAAUUUUGGGCCCGGGGCAGAAAGCCUUGGAAACUUGGGAUUCAGUUACUCAAAAUAGUAAUGGUUACAGUUCAGCUGGUGGUUUUUGGAUUGAGCAAUCAAAUGGUGGUUGCCUUCAAAGAAGAGAACACUGUUGCAUUCAAACAUCUUUUCCUGAAAGGAUAUAUGGACAGAAUGGAUGAUACCUAUGCUGUAUACACACAAACAGAUGUCUAUGACCAGAUAUUCUUUGCAAUAAACCAGUACCUGCAGCUGCCCAACAUCUCUGUUGGAAAUCAUGCCUAUGAGAAGAGGGGAGCAGAAGACGCACCUCUUUCUGUUUGUCAGCAGUUCUACAAGCGAGGAAUCAUCUGUCCUGGAAACGACACCUUUGAUAUAGACCCAGAGAUUGUGACUGACUGCUUGUACAUUGAGCCAACGACUUCAUUACACAACACAACAAUGGGAAAGCACAAUUUGAAUUUCACCCUGGAUUUCCCCAGGCUGGUGGCGGUGCAGCUCAUGUUCAACCUGAAGGCAAUCAACCUCCAGACCGUUCGUCACCACGAGCUCCCCGACUGUUACGAUUUCACUCUGCGGAUUGUGUUUGAUAAUAAAGCACACAGUGGACGAAUUAAAAUAAGUCUAGACAAUGAGAUAGCAAUCAGGGAAUGUAAAGACUGGCAUGUUUCUGGAUCAAUACAGAAGAACACUCAUUACAUGAUGAUCUUCGAUGCUUUUGUCAUAUUGACUUGUCUGGCUUCACUGAUCCUUUGCACACGAUCAGUGAUUAAAGGAAUUUGGCUCCAAAGGGAAUUUGUAAGCUUUUUCCUAUAUUAUUAUAAGAAAGAAGUAUCUUUCAGUGAUCAAAUGGAAUUUGUCAAUGGAUGGUACAUCCUGAUUAUGGUCAGCGAUGUCCUAACUAUUGUUGGAUCAACUCUAAAGAUGGAGAUACAAGCUAAGAGCCUGACAAGUUAUGAUGUCUGCAGCAUACUCUUGGGAAUAUCCACUAUGCUUGUGUGGCUUGGAGUCAUUCGCUACCUAGGUUUCUUUCAGAAGUAUAAUCUUCUCAUCCUGACACUGCGAGCAGCGUUACCCAACGUAAUGAGGUUCUGCUGUUGUGCUGCCAUGAUCUACCUGGGCUAUUGUUUCUGUGGAUGGAUUGUACUGGGACCAUACCAUGUGAAGUUUCGCACUCUCAACAUGGUUUCUGAAUGCCUUUUUUCAUUGAUCAAUGGAGAUGACAUGUUUGCCACCUUUGCACAAAUGCAGCAGAAAAGUUACUUGGUUUGGUUAUUCAGUAGGAUCUACCUCUACUCCUUCAUCAGCCUGUUCAUCUAUAUGGUGCUGAGUCUCUUCAUUGCACUCAUUACAGAUACAUAUGAAACAGUCAAGCACUACCAGCAAGAUGGCUUUCCUGAGACAGAACUUCGGAGAUUUAUAUCACAGUGCAAAGACUCACCAAACUCUGGGAGGUACAGGUUAGAGGAGGAGAGUUCUGCAUCUCUCUUCUGUUGUUGUAAUGGUUGUAGUGAACAUAUUUAAUGGAUUGUGGGAGCAUAUCAUGGAGGUUUUAAAGCAGCACACAUUGCAAGAACUGGACAAUCGAGCUGGUGGAAAACCUUACCUCUGAAGACUUAAUUUGCUUUUCUCAAAAAACAGUGUAAGCCUGUGGCAGAAGUUUAUGCUAAACUUACAGACUUUUUAAUUAGGCAUUCACUGCAAGUUCAGGGGGCUUGGGAUGGUUUUUAUUAGUUUUAUUCUAUUUGUUUCCUCAGUUAAAUUGUGCUAGAAUGCAAAGGGCAAAAAAUCUGUCUGUGUUCAGAGACUUGGCUAGAUUAUAAGAGUAGAAUAUAAAUGUAGUAACUUUCAACUCUAAGUAGAACUAGUGCCAGACUAUUUCAGCUUUGAACACCAACCUCGCCUUCAGUACUGCAGGCAUUAUCUGUCUAUGGCUGAUCUGUUACUCAAUGAAUGAAAGCUCACUAGAGCCCUCAGCAUUUUUUGUUUAUUUGCACUCACAGAAAAAAUAAAUACUAUGAAAUUUGGUGUAAUUUAUUUCUGGAGUCAUUACAGUGAGUUGAUACACAAGCCAUUCAAAUAUAGCUGAAAGGAGAAAAUAAAUGUUUCUUUAAACACAAGUA